UAACACCAAGCUUAUAGGUGACCUAAAGAGGUCAAGUACUGUCGGUUCUUUGCUCAGCCAAUCUGAAACCGCUUUAGGUCUCCAAAUAAAAUAAGAUGGCAUCCAAAUUCCUCGCAGCUCUUAAACGCAAGAAACACAUUAAUUUCAACGAAGAUUCUCCUCUAAAAAAAUGCCUCAACCUAUUAGACCUUACAGCUUUAGGGGUGGGAGCCACGCUAGGUUUAGGAGCGUAUGUACUAGCAGGAUCUGUAGCCAAGAACGUUGCAGGACCGGCUGUUUGUAUAUCAUUUUUGGUAGCUGCCAUAGCCUCAGUAGGAGCAGGUUUGUGUUACGCUGAAUUUGCGGCCAGAGUUCCCAAAGCUGGAUCUGCCUAUGUGUACAGUUACGUUAGCGUUGGCGAAUUCGUCGCCUUUUUCAUUGGAUGGAAUCUUAUUUUGGAGUAUGUUAUAGGUACAGCAAGUGUGGCAAGUGGUAUGAGCAACUAUAUUAACUCGUUAGUUGAUAAUAAAAUCAAAGAUACUUUACAAGAAUGGAUGCCAAUGAACGUGAGUUUUCUUUCGCCGUAUCCAGAUUUCCUCUCAUUCAUAUUCGUGAUGAUAUUAACUUUCCUUCUUGCUUUCGGCGUGAAAGAAUCUUCUUUAAUUAACAACGUAUUUACCGUAAUAAAUCUCGUAACGAUAUGUUUGGCUGUAGCAGCUGGAUCUAUUAAAGCUACGCCUGAUAACUGGAAAAUCGAUGUGAACACUCUCAGCGAAGAAGAUAGAGGAGUCGCCGGAGCCGGAGGUUUCAUGCCCUUCGGAAUAUCGGGAAUAAUGGCCGGUGCAGCGAGGUGUUUCUACGGUUUCAUCGGAUUCGACGCUAUUGCCACUACAGGCGAGGAAGCAAAAAAUCCACAAAGGGAUAUCCCUUUGGCCGUUAUUUUAUCGUUGACCAUUAUUUUCGCCGCAUACUUUUCCAUUUCCACUAGCUUGACAAUGGCGCUACCUUACUACUUGCAGGAUCCCAACGCGCCGUAUCCGCAUCUUUUCGACGCUUUUGGUUGGACUGUUAUAAAAUGGGUGGUUACCAUUGGUGCUAUUUUCGCACUUUGCACGAGUAUGUUGGGAGCAAUGUUUCCUCUGCCGCGAGUCCUUUACGCCAUGUCCAAAGACGGGAUUAUUUUCAAACAAUUAUCUAAAGUUAACGAGAAAACCAAAACGCCCGUUUUAGCGACGUUCCUGUCCGGUUUUCUAUCAAGCGUAAUGGCUGUAGUGUUUAAUUUAGACCAGUUAAUAGACAUGAUGUCCAUCGGUACACUAUUGGCUUACACGAUCGUGGCCGUUUCAGUGCUUUUGCUCAGGUACGAGCCUGCUAAGUCAAUAACUGAAACCGUAAAUAAAAAUGCUAAGGAGAAAAAUAUGGAGCGUUUUAAGUACACUAAUAUAAAGCAUAUUUUCAAUCUUAAUGGUAGUAAAUACCCAACGAAUGAGUCGUCUACUUUGGUUAAUUGGAGUAUCGUGUUAUUUAGCGUUUUUUCUGCUUUUUUCGGAGCGAUUAUUGUGAAUGGCGGUAUGCUGAUAAUCAAAGAACCCAUUUACAUAUUUGCUUUUACGGUAAUAGUGGUUUGUAUUGUGUUAUUGAUGGUGAUUAUGAUAAGACAGCCGCAAUCUGAUGCCCAAUUAUCCUUUAAAGUACCUUUGGUUCCUUACGUACCGUGUUUAAGCAUCGCAUUUAAUUUAUUCCUGAUGUUCCAAUUGGAUCUACAAACUUGGAUUAGAUUCAUAGUAUGGCUUAUUAUAGGUUUUCUAAUUUAUUUCUUAUAUGGAAUCAAGCAGAGCGAAGAAAAUAAAAGAAGAAAAAAUCUCUUGAAGGAGCAAGAAUUGCAUAAAGUACAAACUGUAUCAGAGCAAGCACAUAAAGAAAUUAUAUCACCUUGAAGUACAAUAAAUCCAUAAGAACCGAAA